GCAGCGCCAUCAUGCCGUUGGAGCGCUAGACACGCCGUUUUAAAGGGCUAGCCUCACUGUGCUGUGCCGUUCUCUCUCUCUCCCUCCCUGCCUGCUGUGUGCUGCUGAUUCAUCACGAUUAGGUGGUUAGCCAGCCUGCCUGCCAGCCAUAGGCUACAUGCACAAGCCAUGCCAACCAGACUGAGUGGAGGCUUUCAUAGCUAAAGUAGACAAAGAAAGGGCUUUCUUGUCAAACGUAGGCUAGGCUAUAGCAUCGCACUACAGUGCAGAGAGAACAACAUGUGUGGCGGUUGGGAAUAUUUUUGAUAACUUCAUUGCGAGAUAGAUUGAUCAUAUCGAGAGUUACGGGGCGACUGGGAAUCCCCUCCUGUUUUCAGAAAUCAGACAUCGUUAAUCGGUUUACAUAGAGUAGCCUAGCUAGAUAAGGAAGAGGAAGAUAUAUCGUGUAUUCGGGAUGUGUACCCGAGUUGGAACUGUCUAGAAAACGUGAUUAUAGGUUAGGUGGCUGGAGAUAUUCACAGCAGAAGAACUGUCCGAGUAUUCGAGUGCUGAAACGGAAGCAAGCGGAGCGGAGCGGGGCGGAAAACGGGCCGCACUGGAUAGGGACGCAACAGCCGCGAGCGCGGUCAGCGUGUGUCUGUCUGUUGCUAUUUCAGAGGAAGGAGAGAUGGAGGGUCGAGAGAAGGGAUUAAAAAACGAGUGGAGCUCUGAGGUGUGUUCAGAGGGGGGUGGUUCUCGUGGCAUGUCGACCCCUAAUAAGGGAAACAAGGCCUUGAAGGUGAAGAGGGAGCCGGGGGAGAAUGGGACCACCCUGACAGAUGAUGAGCUGGUGACUAUGUCCGUCCGGGAGCUCAACCAGCACCUCCGCGGCCUCACCAAGGAUGAGAUCCUGCAGCUUAAACAGCGCCGGCGCACCCUGAAGAACCGUGGCUACGCCGCCAGCUGCCGGGUCAAACGGGUCACCCAGAAGGAGGAGCUGGAGAAGCAGAAGUCACAGCUUCAACAGGAAGUGGAUAAGUUGGCGUCGGAGAACGCCAGCAUGAGGGCGGAGCUCGAUCACCUGAGGUCGAAGUACGAGGCGCUACAGAGUUUUGCAAGGACUGUGGCGAGGAGCCCGGGAGUGGGGUUAGGGGUCGGGGGUCAGAGGGGAGGUGGUGGGGUCGGGUCGGUGAUCGGGCCACUCAUACCGGGGAAAGUGGCGGCGACGAGUGUCAUCACGAUAGUGAAGUCGAAAACGGACGCGCGGUCUUAGUAGCGGGCUGGGUCAAGGAGGGAUGAGAGAGAAGAGGGAAGGGAGAGGAGGAGGAGAAGAAGAAGCUAAUUAGGACUAUUUAAAACUGAAACCAUUGGUCAGUGCAUCGUCAUUGAGCACAGGACAGAAUUUAAUCAGGUGAGGUGGCCCCCCUUUGAGAAAAUAUCACACCCUGGAUAGUAAUUACUGUGUUUCUACUGUUAUUUUGUAACUGUUGUACACGAGGUCCAAAGUUGUAAUUUUUAUGUAAUGUAGUUAUGCGUGUGUUGUGUCAUGGAAUACUGUGAGCUUCAUCCGUGGCCGACUUUCCUUUUGGUAUCAUUCUAUUUGGCUGUGAUUUCUCUGAAAACAACUAUUUGUUACCCAACGGGCUUCCGUACUCACAGGCACUUCCUUGUUUUUCAGAAACAGCUUGCAGAGCCGUCAAUUUAUUUAAUAUUUUAUCAUAAAAAUGACAGAGAAUUGUAUUUUGUAACCGCUCAUUGCACAAGAGAGACAAGAUACUUUCAGAAAAGUGAGGGUCUUCAGGAAGAGGUUGUUUUGGUACUUUUCACCCUUUUUUCUCCCCAAUUGGAAGGUACAGUCUUGUCCCAGCGCUGAAACUCCCGUACGGACUUGGGAGAGGCGAAGGUCGAGAGCCAUGCGUCCUCCGAAACAUGACCCUGCCAAGAACCAGAAGCCAGCCGCACCAAUGUGUCGGAGGAAACACAGUACAACUGCCGACCGGAAGUCAGCCUGCAUGCGCCCGGCCCACCACAAGGAGUCGCUAGAGCACGAUGGGCCACCUGUGCGCCCUUGCUCUGUAAUGAUGCUACUCGGGAGGCCGAAAGAGGUUGUGUUUUAUCACAGGUACCUGUGUGUUUACCUGUGCUUAAUGUUAUGCACUGACCAAUUAUCACCAUAUUACCAAUCUCCAUACAGGCCAGAGGGGUCUAGGCAUCUAAUCGCCAAGUGUUGUCCUGUUCCUGUCUGUCUGGGACUUGUGUACUAUACUGUAGAAUUAGCUAUCGGGAUUACAUUAACUGACACGUGUUUAUGUGACUAGGCAAUUACUCCAUUCAAAAACUAACUGAAAAAUCAACAUUUUAGUCAAAAAUGUAUAGAAUUUAAAUAUAGUCAAUUUGAAUGUUUUUCUAAUUUAUUGUUAGAUUUGAUUUUGUUUUGUUUUUUGGGAAUGGCAAUAACAUACUAACGUUAUUAUGACUAUGAGGUAUUUUGUUGACAUGGCCAAUAUUUCAACUGUCAAAAUAAUUAUUUAAAAAUCAUUUUUAUUUUCAGUUUUUAAAACAGUUGACUGUUCAAUCUGUAAGUUGGGUGUAAUUCUCACAAGUUUUACCAUAAAGUUCUCAGUGUGAGUGAUGUUACGUAUUCUUCAAAGGAUUCUUUGUCUACCUAUGGUCACAUCUUGAAUUUUAUAAAUUACAUAGAGUAUCUUUACAUUAUUUAUAAAAGACCUUUAAAAUAAUCAAGGUAAAAAUGGUUUGAUAUUUCCUCUCUUUUGCAAUUGUACCAAAAGUGGCUUAACUAUUGAAGUUGACAGCUUUGUCUUUCUAGUGACUAGGCACGUGUGGUUGUUAUGGUGACCGUGAGGCUAGCGCGUGGUGGUGUGACGUUGUAAUGUACAGUACGUGACGAGGUAAUGAUAAUAUUAUUGUUCACUGUGUUGUUAUGGAUACGUGAUGCUGUUUUAAUUUAAAGCGGGUGAUGUAGUCGAAGGUACCUAUGCUCUGCCCAGAUCCCUAUGUAACAGUGGUGGUUGUAUUAAUUGAUGUUUAUUAAUACUUAAUACACGUGUUAGUAAUGUGUUAUAAACAUGCAUUACAUAAAUUACAAAGUCUCUCUGAAUAGGAACGGUUUAUUUAGCAACUCAAUAAAACGUCUAAAUGUAUAAAAGCCUGAAUAUUCCAAAUGAGUUCGACAAACUGGGAGAAUAAAGAGAUACAGCGUUACCAAGAUACAGCGUUACCAAGAUACAGCGUUUCCUAGGAUACCCAAACUACUGCAAGGGUGUAACGACUGGGAUAUGGACCUACGAUUACAAAAGCAGGCUUUUCCCACAGACAUCAAGUUUGUUACAGCAUUGUUUUGCCUGUCCAGUUUUACCCACGUAGGUUCUUUUGUUAUUUGGGUACUUAGUUGAAUGGUCCGCAACUUAUAGAGUACAAAUGACCGAUUUCCACAUGGUUUUAUAAUCACCAUUAUAUUGCCGUUAACUAGAUAUCAAACCUAGACAGUAUUGAAUAUGUUUUGCUUCAUCUUCACAAUAGGUUGGGGAAACCCUGCCAUAGGCUUUAAUGGAAGUUACUGCUGUGCAGUAGAUGGGAAUGCUCUCUCUCUCUUCACACAGUAACUAAAUGGGCAGGAAAGGGGUGGAAAA